UUGGAGCUCCCGCAUCUACCGAAGGUUCGCCGGGCGAGUGGCACGUGUAGUUAAGUAAAAAGUUAAGUUUUUGGCUUUACAAAGCACCCCAGUUUGCAUUUAUAAACAGAAAUGGCCGCCGCUAUCAAGAAGAUCAUCCCCAUGCUGGACAGGAUUCUGGUCCAGCGCGCCGAGGCUCUGACCAAGACGAAAGGUGGAAUCGUUUUGCCAGAGAAGUCUGUGGGCAAAGUUCUCGAGGGCACGGUCGUUGCCGUUGGUCCCGGUGCCCGCAAUGCCACCACUGGCAAUCACAUUCCCAUUGGCGUCAAGGAAGGCGAUCGCGUUCUGCUGCCUGAAUUCGGAGGCACCAAGGUCAACUUGGAAGGCGAUAAGCCACAGGAACUGAUCCUUUUCCGUGAAUCGGAUAUCCUGGCUAAGUUGGAGUAGAGUCUCCCGGGCAGCCCGUCUCACAAUUCUAUGAAUUCUAUGUUUUCUAUUAGUACGUAACACACAAACCCAGAACAUAACUACAAUAAACGCUGAUGCAAUAUUUUUAUUUGCAUUGCGCAUAGACCGUUGAAUAAAUUCAAAGUUAUUUGUUAAAUCACAAA